AUGAAAACUAAGAAUAUUUUAUAUCUCAUAUUUUUUUAUUCAUUGUUCUUUUUCAAGGUAUAUUGUUUUUUAAAGAAAAAAUAUUAUUUUAAUAUCUUAUUUUCUUCAAAAGAUAGACAAGUAAAAAAUUUACAUAGUGCCCAUAUAAAGUACAAAUUUACUAAGAUUAAAUUAAUAAAAUAUUUUAAAAAUUAUAUGAAAAAAAAUUGUUACAAUUUUAAUUUUAUUGGAAAUAAUAUUUCUUAUUUAAAAGAUACUAAACAGUAUAUUUUUAAAGGAAAUAAAAAGAUAACAAUAACAUCAUAUAAAAAAUUAUUCGAUAAAAAAAAUAUUGAGAUAGAGGAUCAAAGUGAAAACAAAGAAAAAAUAAAAACGAAUGAUUUACAAAAUGGAAAAAUAAAAAAGUCAAGAUUAAGAAAGAAUAAAAGUAAAGUUACAAGUAAUACUUAUAAUGACAUAGUAAAUAGUGAAACACUAGAGAAAAAAGAAAAAAAAUUAAAAACAAGGAAAAAAAGAGCUAAAAAAUCAAAAAUAGAAGUAAACGAAUUCAAUGGAAUAAUAGAUGAUUAUAAUACUUCAAAUGAAGAGUUUGACACUAAAAUGGAAAAAGACGAAGAAAAUGAAGUUGAAAACGAAGAAGAAAAUGAAAAAAAAAAAAAAAAAAUUGAAGAAGAAAUGGAAAAAGAAAAAUUAGAAAGAGAAAAAAAGAUUGAAUUUAUUAAAAAAGUAGAAUUUUUGUUAAAAGAUGAUGAAAUGAAUGAAUCAUUAUACGAAGAAAGACCAGAUAUAGAAAAAUUAAGGUUUGGAGAUAAACCUCCCCUAGGAAGUGAGGAUUUAAUGAAUUCUAUCUUAAAAAAUGUACAUGAAAAGGGAUUUAAAGAAAAAACAAAUACUAAUAAAAUGUGUGAUAUAAGAAAAAAACACAUAUUUUAUGAACUCUUAAGAAUUAGUAAUUCUAAUACAUUUAAAACACAUAAAAUUUAUAAACAUGAAGAUUUAAUAUAUGGAAUGAAAUAUAGAAAAUUGGGUAAUAGCAAUUUAUGCGUAAGUGAAUUAUGUAUUGGUACUAAUAUGUAUGAAAACGAAAAUUUUAUAAGUAGGGACGAUGUAAAUGUUUUGUUGAAUAUGGCUUUUUAUGAAUAUGGAAUAAAUUUUUUUGAUAUUUGUGAAUAUGAUCCAUUUCCAUUUGAUCCAGACAGUUAUAAAAAGAGUAAAAAUAAAAAUAUGAAUUUGUUUCUUAAAGAUAAAAAAAGAGAAAACAUAAUUAUAAAUUUACGUAUGUGUUCAUCAAGAAAUGUAGAUAAACUUACUCAUGGAGACUACUAUUUAAGUUGGAUUAUGGAAGGUUUAAAAGAUGAUACACCAAAUUUUUACAAUAUGGAAGAAAGAUUAGAUAAAAUUUUGAAAAAUUUGAAUACUGAUUAUGUAGAUAUAUUAACUAUCGAUUUACCUGAACGAUACAUACCAAAUAGUGUAAAUGGAGAGGAUACAUAUGUAUGGGGGUUUGAAAAUUUGGGAAUAGAAGAAGGAAAAAAAAUUAUAAGCAUAGAAGAACAAUUUGAAAUAUUGGAAAAGUUAGUUCUUAAAGGAAAAGUUAGGCAUAUAGCUGUAUCCAAUGAAAGUGUGUGGGGAAUAUACCAAUGGUGUAAUAUAGCUAAAAAAAAAAAAAAGGAAAAUAUGAAAAUCGUAUGUGUGCAAAAUUUAUAUAAUUUGUUGCAUAAAAAUGAAGUAGAAUCUUCUGGACUUGUUGAAAUGAUAUUAAAAGAAAAUUAUAAUGUACCUUUAGUACCUUAUGGAUUAUUAGCUGGAGGAAUUUUAACAGGAAAAUAUUUAGAUCCAGAAAGAUAUCAUACAAUGGGGCCCGAUACCUUAUUAGGAGAUGAACAACUUGACCACGACUUGGAUGAUUCUCGAGGAAAUAAAGCAGAAGAUUAUGGAUAUUUAUCAUAUGGUCCAAAAAAUGGAAGGUGUAAUAAAUAUCCUCAUUUGUAUAAAUCUCAUAGAUGCGUAUGGGCACAGGAUGCCGUUGGAGAAUAUUUAAAAUUAGCUAGAUCUCAUGGUAUGUCAUUGGCUCAACUAAGUUUAAGUUAUGUUUACAGUAGACCUUUUGUAGGUUCUUCCAUCAUAGGCCCAAGGACUAUUGGCCAAUUAAAAGAUUCUGUUUUAUCUUUAAAUUAUCCAAUUUAUCAACAUACAGAAUGUGAUAUACAUGAAAUUUUUUUAAGAUACAGAGGAUGUACAAUGGAUGGAAACACUAUUUUAAAUAGUCUUAGUGAUCCUAAUAAAACUAGUCAAAGUACUUUUUAUAAGACUUCCAAUAUACCUAUUUUAAGUGGUGGAACACAUUGGAAAAAUUAUCCAUUACCACCUCUUUUAAAAAGAUACGAAUACACAGAUAUGAAAGAAGAACAUGAUAGAAUAAAGUCUACAUUUGGAUUAAAUGAUGAACCAAAUGAUCAUAAUUUUAUAAGUUCACGUAUGUGGAUAGAGAGAGAGAAAAAAAAAGGAGAAUAUUUUGCAUUAAAAGAAAGUAUUUUGUUUAAAUGGAACAAAUAUAAAAUAUAUAAAGGAAUAUUAACAAAAUUGAGUAAAAAAGAACGAAUUCUUUAUGAUACGAGUAAUUUUCAUUUUUCUUUUAAAAAUGACACUAUAUGUGUAGUUCCAACAGAUGAAGAGAUACAAAAUUUCUAUGAAAAUCAAGAAAAAGUAAAAAAGGUUAUUAAUCAAUCAAUAAAUGAUCAUCAAGAAUUUUUUCAAUAUCAAGAAUAUUUAGGACCAGAUUUGCCAUCGAUAUUUAAUAGUUUAGAUAUUGAUUUAAUUUAUAAGCAGUUAUUAAAUAGACAUAAUAUUAAUCCAUUAGAUAAGAAUGAAUUAGAUUCAAUAUAUCAGUACAUCAAAUUAACACCUUCAGAAAUUAAAACAGAAGAUUUUUGGUAUAUAUACAAAUAUAAUCCAUUUGAUACAUCAUUUUCAUGUAGAACUGGAACAGAACCAUAA